CUUCACGUAAAGCAAAGGCAGAGGUUUCAGGUUGAUUGAGCAAAUCAUCGCAACAGAUACUCUCCACACCUGGUAUCCGUACAACCAGCACAAACCAAAUACCUUGGUUCCGGGACUUGCUCAGUUGUCCGACCGCUAUCAGCCUCCAAGAUGGAUGUUCCUAAGCCGGGCGAGUGGCCAGUUGAUCCUCAAGAAGAUCAGGAGAUACGAAAAGACAGAAUUUGGGUAGACGGAUGCUUUGACUUUGCUCAUCACGGCCACGCUGGCGCACUGCGACAAGCUCGUCAGCUGGGCAAAGAGCUGUAUGUCGGCCUCCAUUCAGAUGAAGAUAUCCUGUUGAAUAAGGGUCCCACGGUCAUGACCUUGGAUGAGCGAGUUGCUGCUGUUGACGCGUGCCGCUGGGUGACCAAAUCUGUUUCACAUGCCCCUUAUGUGACAUCCUUGCCCUGGAUUUCUCAUUAUGGCUGUUGGUACGUUGUUCACGGAGACGACAUCACUUCUGAUGCGGGCGGUGAGGACUGUUAUCGAUUUGUCAAAGCUGCUGGGCGAUUCCUGGUCGUGAAGAGAACGCCUGGCAUUUCCACCACGGAUCUUGUUGGCAGAAUGCUGUUGUGCACCAAGACGCACUUUAUCAAGUCGCUAACAGAUGAAAUCGAGAGCAAGCCUGAUGGUCGAACUGACCCGAAGCGAGUCGCGGCCGGGGCCGAAAUGCUUCAGAGAAUAAAAGAUUAUGCCACUGAUGAGACUGCACUGCAGCCGGGUUCAGAAGUCUACACGUGGGCUGGUAGUCAAUACGACAAGUCCGGCGUUCAUGCGACUGAUGCUGGUUCUUUUACAAAAAUAGUUCCUGGCAAGGGGCCAAAGCCUGGCCAACGGAUUGUUUACGUCGAUGGCGGCUUCGACCUAUUCUCUUCCGGUCACAUCGAGUUCCUCAAGCGUGUCGAUAGGGCAGAGAAAGGAGGGGCUUAUGUUGUGGCCGGUGUACACAACGAUGAUGUGAUCAAUCACUGGAAGGGAUUGAAUUACCCGAUCAUGAACAUCUUCGAGCGUGGUCUUUGCGUUUUACAAUGCAGGUACAUCCACGCGGUAGUCUUUGGCGCCCCGUUUGUCCCAUCAAAGCCAUAUCUGGAGUCAAUGCCAACUGGUAAGGUUGAUGCCGUAUAUCACGGUCCAACUGCAUACCUGACCUCGACAUUCGACCCAUACACGGAUGCGAAAGGAAUGGGUAUCCUUCACCAGAUCGAGAAUCAUGGCUAUGCCCAUGUCAACGCUGAGGAGAUCGUGGGGCGUAUCCUGAAAGGCCGAGAAGCAUUCGAAGAACGACAGCGGAGGAAAGGCGAGAAGGCGAUUGGAGAGGAGGCUGCACGGCAAAAAGAAGCCCUGGAACAACAACGAACAGCAACUGGCUGAAUCAGGAGUGGCACGACCUGAUAUGAGUUUCCAUUCUUGGAUCAUGCUUUCCAGGGCGUAGACUAUAUACAGUUGCCCAACUAAUCACAACGAGAGUUAGACAAAGCUUCGGCAAGGAUAUCUGUGAGCGUGGUCAGUAAAUUCUGCAUGUCAGGUCCACAAUGAGCAACGUAC